AUGGCGGAUGACGACAAACUUGCUGGUGCUGAGCCCACCCAGGACCCUCACAAGACUGCCGAUGCCGAAGAUGACGCUGAUGAUGUAGAGGACGAGGCGGCCAUUGAGCCCCAUGCGACAGGAGAUGCCAAGAAGAAAAAGAAGCGGAAGAAACCCAAAAAGAAGAAGGCCGAGCAGUCUGACCCCCCUCGCGUCGGCCUGUCGAAAUUGUUCCCAGACGGCGUCUACCCGGAAGGCGAGAUCCAGGAAUACAAAGACGAUAACAAAUGGCGGACUACUUCGGAGGAGAAGAGGCAUCUCGAACGCCUGGCUAUGGAAGAUCCGGAAGUUACUUAUCAGAACAUUCGACGUGCAGCGGAAGUGCACAGACAAGCCCGCCAAUAUGCCCGUAAACAUAUUAAGCCUGGAAUGUCGAUGACAGAAAUUGCGGAAAGCAUCGAGGAUUGCACACGAGCAUUGGUAGAGGAGGAUGGCCUUUCAAGUGGCAUUGGCUUCCCUACUGGAGUUAGUCUCAACAACUGCGCUGCGCAUUACACUCCAAAUGCUGGGGACACUACGGUCUUACAGCAGGGAGACGUUUUGAAGGUCGAUAUUGGCGUUCACGUGAAUGGGAGGAUUUGUGACUCUGCAUUCACCCUUACCUGGGAGCCGACAUACAACAAUCUUGUGGAAGCCGUCAAAGACGCAACUAAUACUGGGAUCCGUGAAUCUGGUAUUGAUGUUCGACUCGGAGAAGUCGGUACCGCAAUCCAAGAGACAAUGGAAUCCUACGAGGUGGAAGUCAACGGAGAAACGAAGCGAGUAAAAGUCAUUGGGAAUCUCAGUGGCCAUUCCAUUAACCCUUACCAAAUACAUGGAGGAAAAUCCGUCCUUCUAGUUAAAAACGAUGACCCAACGAAAAUGGAGGAAGGGGAAUACUUCGCUAUUGAGACGUUUGGAUCAACAGGACGUGGGCAUGUUGUCGAAUCUGGCGAUUGUUCCCACUAUGCAAGAAAAGUUGAUGCUCCCAAUGUCCCCUUGCGAUUAUCUUCUGCCAAAUCAUUAUUGAGGUCUAUCAACAAGAACUUUGGAUCACUACCCUUCUGCCGGCGGUAUCUGGACCGUGCUGGGGAGACCAAAUACCUUUUAGCUUUGAACCACCUCGUCCAGCAGGGCGUUGUCCAGAAUUACCCACCCUUAUGCGACCAGAGGGGCUCAAUGACUGCACAAUUUGAGCAUACCAUUUUGCUGCGGCCGACCGUUAAGGAAGUGGUUAGCAGAGGUGACGACUACUGAAGAUUAGCGUAUCCCAUCUUCCUUUGUGCAUGGCUCUAGGACUGUACUGUUUGAUUAGUGUUUGAUUCAGGCACACAUGUAGCAUUGGAGAUACUCAAACAAUUCAUGGGCAAUUUUCUC